AUGACCAGUGUAUUUAGGAAACCUCCUGAUUCUGACAGAAACGUUAAAGCAUCGUUAUAUUUCGGGAAUUUGGAUCCUCAGGUAACCGAACCACUUUUAUAUGAAUUAUUCAUUCAAUUUGCUCCAAUACGAUCGCUAAACCUUCCGAAAGAUAGAGUUUUGAAAACACACCAAGGGUACGGGUUUAUUGAAUUCAGAACAAUUAAGGAUGCCGAAUAUGUCUUGAAUAUUUUAAGAGGUAUACGGUUGUACGGUAAAAUGCUAAAACUCAAAAAGGCAGAGCCCAAUUUCAAAGGAAGCUCACAACAACUGGUUGGAGUUACCACCACAAGCAAUGCCAUGGAUAUUGGCGCCAAAAUAUUCAUUAAUAACUUGAACCCAUUGAUCGAUGAGCAAUCGUUAGCUGACACUUUCUCAAAAUUUGGUACGCUUGUCAGGUCUCCAUCUAUUAUUCGGGAUCCGGAGAGUGGAGAGUCUAAAGGUUAUGGCUUCAUAAGUUUCAAUGAUUUUGCCAGCAGUGAUACCGCAAUAGAGAAAAUGGACGGUGCAAUAUUGAUGAAUUCAAAGGUGUCAGUAACCUAUGCAUUUAAAGAUGACCCUACGAGCGGCCAGCAGAUGAAAGUUAAGCAUGGAGACAAGGUGGAAAGGUUACUAGCAGAAAAUGCUAAAUCAAAUAACGUGCUGAACAUAUUGUCUACAAAGCAAAAUGAGAGUGGCAAGGUCACUAAACCCAGGAAGAACAGAAGAGGUGGUAACUAA